GGCGCUCUUGACUUUUGUGUAUAAACAUAAAUCUCGUCUUGCUUCGUAAAUUUCAGCUUUUCACAGCCCAAUUUUAUAUUUCUGUUUUGUUAUCGUGUUUGCGAAUGAGUUACGGUAAUUUUCGAGUGCAUAUUGGUAAUGGAAACGUGUGUAAUAAGGAUAUAGAGUCGGCGUGAUUGAGUAUAACCCGCCGUCUACUUUAGUUUAGACAACAACGACCACGGUUCCACUAUAAACGCCACACUGACUGUUAUCUUCGUCAUUUAUGCCUCACUCAUGUCACGCGUGGUAUAAGGUGACUAAAGUCUAAAGACAAUAGCCUUCAUAGAACAGCAAGAGUUAUGGCGGAAUCACUGAGCUCUGUUCUACCAAUAUUACCAGCAAAGGAGUACUACCUCCAGGGAAGUAUUCAUGAUGCAGCAAAAGACAUUCUACUGCAUCGUCUGAGGGGCCUGUGUGAUUGUACAGAGUCUGAACCAGAAUCAUUUCACGAUCACGAGAUGGUUUACGUGAUACGUGGCGUUGGUAUCGGUGGGGUGCAGCAGAUGCCUAUCACCGUGAGAGCUAGCCAGUCACUAGAACAUCCUGAAGAGCCGUGGCACUUGCGUUACGUCGGUAAUCCUGAGGCGUCGGGGACGGGAGUUGAUCGCAGCAAGAGCGCGAUGGUUCGCACAUGUAUCGACGUGGGCACGUCCGAUGACCUCAUAAUAUUCCUGCAGGAGCUGGGAUUCAGACUUGAUUUUGAAUACGUCACGAAAGGAUAUAUGUUUCGAAAAGGCAGAAUGAAAGUGACAGUCUCCAAGGUGUUCAGGGUUGUGCAGCCAGGGAAGACUGAUAGCAUAGAGCCGAUGUCACUUUCCUGUUUGGUAGAGCUGAGCCUAACAGCACCGGCUGGACAGGACGCUGUGGCCGACGAUAUGAAAACAUUUGCUGAGCAACUGAAACCAUUAGUGCAACUGGAGAAGAUCGACACUCGGCGAUUGCAAAGCAUCUGAUAUGUCGUCGCCAUGGCUUUAUCAUCGCAGCUUUCUCAGCAUCCCUUCCUCAUCCUCGUGGCUUCCUCGUCACCCUUUCCUUAUCAUUGUGGCAUCAGCAUCCUUUCCUGGUCAUUGUGGUAAUAGCAUCCUUUCCUCAUUAUCAUGGCCUAAGCAUCCCUUCCUAAUUAUCAUGGUCUCAGCCUCCCUUCCUAAUUAUUAUGGCAUCAGCCUCUCUUCCUAAUUAUUAUGGCAUCAGCCUUCCUUCCUCAGCAUGGCCUCAGCAUCUCUUCCUCAUCCCCACGGCCCAGCAUCCCUUCCUCAUCCCCACGGCCCAGCAUCCCUUCCUCAUCCCCACGGCCCAGCUUCCCUUCCUCAUCCCC